UCGAAGAUUACGGCAUUCGAACUUUCCUCUGGUCAACUCGACUAGCACCUCCUUUGCGCUACCCACACACCCUCCACACUCCGAGAUCAACUUCUUGCCCACAAUUGCUACUACACAGCCACCAUCAGCAUCAUGAUUCAAAACGUAAAUUGGAUAACACAGAGAAACAAUAUCAAAUCACGCCACACAGCAUGACGCGAAUUAUAUAGCCACCGAAUAUGGGUGCUUAUAUAUUCAGCCACCAGCGACACAAUCACAACGUUCGCACUCAAGAACGACGCAAAGAUCAAGAUCCAAAGUGUUUAGGACGAGAAGAUGAGAGAAGAAAUAUCCAUCAAAGAAGAGAGCGAGGGCAGUACUGCCAAGCCGGGGCACCACUUUGGUGAAUAUCCCGGAGCACCUUACGGGACCACAUGGGAGAGUCGCACAGAAUGUUUUGACGCUGGCGUGCAUCACCAAAUGGAGCCUGGUAUCCACGGCACCAAGGCAGAUGGCGCCUUCUCGAUCGUCGUCUCGGGUCAAUACCCAGAUGACAAGGAUUACGGCGACACGAUCUUAUAUACAGGUUCAGGGGGUCACAAGCAAAUUGAAGGUGGUAUGCGCGAGCAGGUUCGUAACCAGAACUGGUCGGACUCGGGAAACGAAGCGCUUCUCAAAUCUGUUUCCACGCGCAAACCCGUGCGCGUCAUUCGGGGCUACGAGCUUGAUUCCGAAUUUGCGCCUUGGGAAGGCUUUCGGUAUGAUGGCUUGUACAUCUGCAAAAAAGCAUGGACAGAGAAGAAUAGAGACGGUCAUUAUGAUAUCUGUCGUUUCACCAUGGAGAGGAUUCCAGGCCAACCUCCCUUGCGCCGUCGCUCGGCGAUUGUUGGCCGUUACAAGUCAUUACCUGGCUCCGUAGCUGCGCAGCCACCAAUGCCGGCUCCGCAAAACGCACGCCAAAGAAUCAGACAGCAGGAACUGGCAGAAGUGAAUAAAAUGAACUCUUUUCUGGACUCGUAGUAUGCGGGCCAUCCCUCCUGCGCCUGCCGCGCCCAAGCACAAGUUCACCGAAAGUCAAGGAGGGGAAAUGAGGGACUCAUAUGAAAGCCCCGGAGUGAUAUCAUCCUGAUGACGACGGAAGUGCAGUAUAUAUAUUCCGUGCGUGAGGAAGAAGACGAGGCAAAUGUAAUAAUACUAACGACCUUGAUACGAUUAUUGUAUCAUAUGAUAUGUCCGAUAGCCACAACUUUCGAUGCAACUACCCUCUGACUUGGUCAGUAGAUGAUGCUCAAAAUCACGUCACUAGAGCAACAAUAAUGUAUUUCGC